AUGGACUCGUCCAAACGCCAAUCCGGCGUGGGAUUGGAUUCGACCACUUCAUAUAACGGUCGAGCCAAUAGUCCACGCAAUCAAGGAGGGAAAAGCUCCCAGGACCGGGAAUCCUCAGCCUGGCAAACCUUGAAUUUCCAGCCUUCACCACCCCGCCAAACUACUACUGAGCAAAUCAACCUGGAAGAACUCGGGAAGCGGGUUUUGGACCUCGAGACAAUCGAUGAAAGGAGCUCGUAUGGCCCAUCCCCGAGCACUUUUUCUAGAGCUUCACAGAGCACCACACUUACGGUCGCAUCGCCCUAUAAAGUGCUGGACUUCUUUGCCGAGGACGUGUUCCAAGUCGCCCUCCACAACCCUGCGACAUUUCACCAGUUGUUGAGGUUCAGCCGGUCGCGGCUGUGCGGCGAGAACCUGGAGUUUUUGGACAAAGUGGACAAGUACAAUGCCCUGCUGAACGAAGUGGCCGACAGCAUGUUCGAGAUCCACCACGACUACAUUUCGGUCAACGCAGUCAACCAGAUCAACAUCCCGGCGGGCGUGUUGAUCAAGGUGAACAAGGAAAUGAAGGCUGUGCUGACGUCGACCAUGCCGAAACUUGAAACCGUCUUCGUCGAUGCGCAGAUUGAUAUCGAACGGCUUGUAGCGUUGGACGUCUACCCACGGUUUGUCCGCCACCAGAUGACCAUGAGCGCUACCAAGGCUCUGGCCGGUGACCGAGGGAAAUAUGCCGGGUUGGGAGAUUGUUUUGUCAUGACCGAUCCUACAAAGGCGGACAAUCCCAUCGUCUACGCGUCAGACGGAUUCGUCAAGGUCACAGGGUACCCGCGCAAUGAGAUCAUCCCACGAAACUGCCGCUUCCUACAGUGUCGCCAUACCGACAAGUUGGCGGUGGAACGGUUGGGUGAAGCCAUCGACUUGCGGAAAGAGUCGGUCGAGCUGCUCCUGAAUCAGAAGAAGUCGGGCGAACCAUUCUGGAACCUACUAUAUACGACGCCACUGUUUGAUGCCAACAGUAGUCUAGUCUUCUUUCUCGGCGGACAGGUCAAUUGCUCAACCACCAUCCACAACGCAUCGGAUGUGUUGAAGGUCCUGGCCUUGGCCGAUGAUAGCGAAGACGAGAAGGGGGACAAUCGCCUCAAGUCGCCCGAACCAACCAAACCUCCCUCGCGUACGCGCACGGGCAAGUUCUUUUCCUCUUUCCGACCGAAAUCUUAUCUUCAACCCUCUCGUCAGGCGGGCAUGGAAGAGGAUGUUCUUAGGCAGAUGGACAAGAUGAACUUGAAGAAGCAGAUCGACACGUUUUAUACCUCGUACUCCAAGUUUCUCGUCAUCAACUAUUCUACAUUCUACAUCACCUUCCACUCCGCGGGUAUCAAGUCACUGCUCUACCCGGUCAAAUCGACAUUGACCUUGACCUCGAGCCACAUGAUGGCUCCCCCCGAGCCCCAGAUCGUCGGCGUGGACGUCUUCCGCUUUCUGUCUGCACACUCGCCAACCAAAUUGAGCGGAGAUUUCAAAACCCGCGUGCGCAUGGCCUUGAGGAAGGGAGCUGCCAUUUCGCUCGACCUGACCCUCUGCACUCGUCGGUAUAUGGGCUACGAGAAGUUUGCGGUACAUUUCACACCAUUGAAGAACGAGGUCGGUGAAGUGGGGUUUGUGGUUUGCACGCUGGGGAGUUUUUGUGAUUGA